AUGACUACCAGAGGCAAGAUGCUGAGGAGGAUCUGGAGAAUCAUGGAGAAAGAGAAUAGUGUUCCUGGAGUCGUACAGACCCUGCUUCUCAGGACAAUGAAAGAAGGGUUAACAUCUGCAGCCGCGUCGACGUUGUUAGAGCCUCCGCGGAACCAGGAGAGCUGGACUAAGACCAGGGCCCUGGGCCUCCUUACAUUCUCUAUGGAGAAGACAGCUGCCUCAACAGAGCCCCAAGGGCCUCGGCCAGUCCUGGGCCGGGACAGCGUCCAGGUGCCCGACGACCAGGACUUCCGCAGCUUCCGGUCAGAGUGUGAGGCCGAGGUGGGCUGGAACCUCACCUACAGCAAGGCCGGUGUGGCUGUGUGGGUGCAGGCUGUGGAGAUGGACAGGUCACUACACAAAAUCAAGUGCCGGAUGGAGUGCCGCGAUGUGCCAGCUGAGACACUCUACGACGUUUUACAUGACAUCGAGUACCGAAAGAAGUGGGACAGCAACGUCAUUGAGACUUUCGACAUCGCCCGCUUGACAGUCAACGCUGAUGUGGGCUAUUACUCUUGGAGGUGUCCAAAGCCCCUGAAGAACCGCGAUGUCAUCACCCUCCGCUCCUGGCUCCCCAUGGGUGCUGAUUACAUCAUUAUGAACUACUCAGUCAAACAUCCUAAAUACCCACCUCGGAAAGACUUGGUCCGAGCUGUGUCCAUCCAGACGGGCUACCUCAUCCAGAGCACGGGGCCCAAGAGCUGCAUCAUCACCUACCUGGCCCAGGUAGACCCCAAAGGCUCCUUACCUAAGUGGGUGGUGAAUAAAUCUUCUCAGUUCCUGGCUCCCAAGGCCAUGAAGAAGAUGUACAAGGCCUGCGUUAAGUACCCUGAGUGGAAACAGAAGCACCAGCCGCACUUCAAGCCGUGGCUGCACCCUGAGCAGAGCCCGUUGCCGAGCCUGGCGCUGUCAGAGCUGUCGGUGCAGCACGCGGACUCGCUGGAGAACAUCGAUGAGAGCGCAGUGGCCGAGAGUCGGGAAGAGCGUACAGGCGGCGCCGGAGGCGAGGGCAGCGACGAUGAUACCUCGCUCACUUGA